AUGUACAGCGGAGAAAAUGUAUUAGUUAUGGAAGCAAAAAAUCGUGAGGGCUGCAGAGUGUUGUUGAAUCGGGCGGAUCUUAUGCGUCUUCAAUAUCUUGAAAAAUGUAUAUUCGAGACCAUCGUGAGAAAAGAAGUAUUUUCCGUUCCGUUAGUUAUGAAACAAUAUGAUGAGAUUGUUCAGUACAUAGACAAGAAAUGCGCUCAACAAAAAUCAUCGCCGAAUAAUGUUCAUGAUAUGGUAAUUUUCAUUAAGAACAUACAAGUCGAUGGAGUAGUUAAAUCUAUACCAAACUUCAGUAAUCAAAUACAGAUGUGUGCAGCUGAACAAUUAUCCGAAUCUUUGCUGAACCAGAGAGCGAACAACUCACACGAGUUUUUUAAUAAAACGAGGAUUAUUUCACCUAUCUCAUCGCCUACACCUAUGUCGCCACCUGUUUUGUUGUCACCACCGCCAUCACCGAUUUAUGCAAUAAAAUCAUCAGUUGAUGAAAACGAUGGACCGUCAUUUUUCAAUAUGCAACCAUUAUCGGAAACGGGUGACUUCGAUUCCGCCGUAUCGGAAUUGCAUUUAGUAAGACGUAAACUAUUUUAA